GAGAGAGAGAGAGCGAGAGAGAGAGAGAGAGAGCGAGAGAGAGAGAGAGCGAGGCCGUCGAGGACAGACCCGAGGUUACCACAGGACACUGCUGCCUGUACGGCUGCUGGACCUCAACAACUAGCAACAAGAGGCGCACAAGCCCCAACCGCUUCGGAUACCUCUCUCGACCUACCUCACCGGCACCGCCGCCAAUUUUACCUUUGGAUAUUCUGCUACUUGGACGUACAGCGGCAAGUUCAAAGUCAUAUAGCCUAUCACAGCGCGUAUUCAGCAUUAAUGUGUCAAGGCUGCGUUUUUCUGUCGUGAACGCUUGGACUCUGAGCCGGGGCAGCGCGUUUCCACCGACUGGACCUUUUUACUUUUCGGUGACGGCUAGGCUACAUUCAUUUACAGCAUGCAUGGAUUUAAGGACAACCCGUACUUGUUGUGACAUUAAGGAGUAUAGUCUGUCAACGAAAUGGACCGUUCGCCUGCUGGCUACAAGGAUUAGCAAGCGAUGAAUUACAUAAUCAUUUGAGCUACUAUAAAAAAUACAGCGAAAAAACUGCUAACGAUAGCGACGUAGGACCUGUUUAAACCGCGACACAGGCUGUAGACGUUGAGGUCAUUAUAAACUCUUGAACAUAAUACACAACACAUGUGGAUUGGUGAAGUAAUGUAAUGUUACAGUGUUUCUUUGGCGUGGUUGCCCUCUUUUUAAUCUUUGGUGCUACAAAGUAACAAGGGUUGCAACUCCACCAGCAGAGCAGUUAAGUUGGUGGCACUUGUAGCAUUUCGACUGUAGAAACACGGUAAAGAAGACAACAGCGUAUCAUUUUGUCGUCUAAACUCGUUCCGGUCGUGCAAAAACGACACAUCGGGCGCCAAAGACAGUAAGACAAAAGACAGUAAAACUGCCUGUGUUCCUCUAAGGGCUGAGAGGUCACCGGGACCGGUCAUCUUUUUCUCUCCUCCCCCUCCACCUCCUUCUCCUCCUCCCAUCAGUCUGUUAUGAAGAUGUGAACUCUUCUCUCCCUCCCUCCCUUCUUUCUCUCUUCGCCGUCCAGGACGCUUUGAUCUUUUUUUUUUUUCUUUCUCUAUUUGGUACAAAGAGAUCAAACGCGACUCCAGCCUCUCGGGGAUGUACGAAAGCGUGGAUGUUGUGGGUUUUAGUCCCAGCCCCAGCAGCCCCAGUCCCGGCUCUUUUCUGAGUAUGGACUACUACCACAGACCCCCGGGGCUCGGGCCGGAGAAGGGACUCCUGUCUGGUGUAGGAGGGCUCCAGCGUCCGUUCGGAGGCUCCCUGCUGACCGGCAGGCACUGGAGCGGAUCCAGCCACUCUAUAGAGACUGAGAGCACGAGUUCAGGAGAGGACCUGCUUGUCCCCAGCCCCCCCACACCUCCACCUCCACCCCGCAUCUACAAGCCCUGCUUCGUAUGUCAGGACAAAUCUUCAGGAUACCACUAUGGAGUCAGCGCCUGCGAGGGUUGCAAGGGUUUCUUUCGGAGGAGCAUCCAGAAGAACAUGGUGUACACGUGUCACCGAGACAAAGUCUGUGUCAUAAACAAGGUGACGAGGAACCGGUGUCAGUCCUGUCGACUGCAGAAAUGCCUCGAUGUUGGCAUGUCCAAGGAGUUGGUGCGAAAUGACAGAAUGAAGAAGAAGAAGGAAGAGAAGAGGCAGGGGGAGGCAGUGAUCUACGUCCUGUCGGCAGACACAGAGCAGAUGAUUGAACGAAUUCGCCGGGCCCAUCAGGACACAUUUCCCUCCCUCUGUCAGCUGGGAAAAUACACCACGAGCAACAGCUCAGAGCACCGUGUCUCUCUGGAUGUCAGUCUUUGGGACAAGUUCAGUGAAUUGUCCACCAAAUGCAUCAUUAAGACAGUGGAGUUCGCCAAGCAGCUGCCUGGCUUCACAACGUUAACCAUUGCUGAUCAGAUCACCCUGCUCAAAGCUGCCUGCCUUGACAUACUGAUUCUAAGGAUCUGCACCCGCUACACCCCAGACCAGGACACCAUGACCUUCUCCGACGGUUUGACUCUGAACCGCACCCAGAUGCACAACGCCGGGUUCGGACCUCUCACGGACCUGGUGUUCUCGUUCGCCAACCAGCUGCUCCCGCUGGAGAUGGACGAUGCAGAGACGGGAUUACUCAGCGCCAUCUGCCUGCUCUGUGGAGACCGUCAGGAUCUGGAGGAGUCCGAUAAGGUGGAUGUUCUUCAGGAGCCAAUUGUCGAAGCCUUGAAGAUCUAUGUGAGGAGAAGGAGGCCUCAUAAACCCUGUAUGUUCCCCAAGAUACUGAUGAAGAUUACUGACCUCAGAAGCAUCAGUGUGAAGGGAGCAGAGCGAGUGAUCACACUGAAAAUGGAGAUACCCGGCUCCAUGCCUCCUCUCAUCCAGGAGAUGCUGGAGAACUCUGAGGGACUGGAGGGGCAUGGAGCUGGGGGAGGGAAAGGAGGAGGAGGAAAGGGUAGAGGAGGAGGCAGAGAAGAGGAUGAAACGGAGCUCGGAAGCUGUCAUCCAAGUCCGUCGCCCAAAUCAGUUCCCUCUCCCAGCCUGAGCCCUGCACCCUGCUCCUCUUCUUCUCCCUCCCCCUCCACCUGAAGUCCUGCACUCAGAACCUCUGCCCCACACAGCGGCACCCUGUGUGGUUCUGCAGGAAAACCACCCACAGCAGACUGAAAGCAGAAAAAAACUGCACCUAAUAACAGACGAUCUGGAGGACAAAAAAAAGUCUGAAUGUGUGAACCAGUAAACUCUCUGGGUUACUACGGUGACAUGUUUUGUCCAUAAACUAAAUAUCUCUUAACAAGUGCAGCAGGUAGGUGGUGUGAGGUUGAAUGAAAGCAGGUAAACUAUGCUGUGAGGACUGAUUUGUGUUCAGACAUCAUGGUUUUACACAUUAAAUGCAAAAAAACAUGAUUUCACAUUUUUUUGUUAUGUUUUUAUAAAGCCUAGUUAUUUGCAGUUUGUGUGAACCUAAAUGAAGGACACUGAAAUGUGGACAGACUGAUAAAGAGGAAUCACCCAUUUCCUCUCUUAUGAAUAGCCAAGUAUGGUAUGCAAAAUCAUUGUGUGUAAUAUAUUGUAUAUAAAAAAGGUUGUAAAAGAAGUUGUCGGACAGAGACGGACUGAUACAAGAAAUUAUUUUCCUAAAUGUACAUGUGUAUAUACUUCAUUUCCCCAAUACAGCUGUAAAAAGUUCUUCCUUCACCCUUUUCCCACCGUCACCAAUCCCCGCCCCACACUGUCCCCUCACAGACACAUCAGGGAAAAAUAAUAAUCACUCUUCCUUCACUGGAAUCAGACAUGUAAGCAUAAAUUGGAGUGUGUAUUUGGUUUGUUUUCAGAUGCAGCUUCAGCAACUCAAGUGACUUCACUUCAACAAACUGUGAAACAGGACAUUUUCAUUUUAAAGUAAUACAGUGUCUGCCUGUAGGUGGACACGUUCAACCAAAGCAAACUGUGAUAGCAGGAGUACAAACACCCCUCACAAGAAUGUUCCCAUCUGAUAUCAACCCCCACUGUGGCACUAGAGCUGUUGAGCUCUGCAGAAUUCUAGUUUAAUGAAGGUAAUAUGGAAGUCUCAUCAUCUGUGUUGACAGGUGCUGCCAAAACAUGUCUCAAAAUGUACAAGCUGUAUUUUGUUUUUCUAAUAGCACCACUAACUGUCUCUGUUUACACAGUGCUACUGCCUCACUACAACACCCCUACUGUCAGGUACAAAUCUCCAUUUUCAGUGUUGUUCUCUUUAAUGUAUGGUGAGCUAAAACUCAUUGGAAAGUAUGAAAAUACAGGGAGUUUAAUAAAGAAGUAUGAUUUUCUUCUUA